GUCACAAAUUGCCGUUCGACAUGAAAAUAAGUCUUAGAUACUUGCUCCUACCGUUAUUGUGGGCCAUCGGCUGCGCAGCCACGCCCAUUGGCACAGGUAGCCCGGCAGCAGUUCUCGAGAAACGCACUUUGCAGAAUUUCACUGCUAUCGGCGACAAGUUCUACCACAUUGAGGAAACGUUACGGGUCAAUUGGUUCCGGGCGAGCAACAUUUGCCGCCAGCUUGGCGGUUUUCUGGUGAACCUGGCGAGCGAGGAGGAGCUGCAGGCGCUUAGCCGACAACUGCAUCCGGCGCAGAGCUACUGGCUGUCACUAUAUGACCUGGCCGAAACGGGCGUAUACGCAUCACAGGCGACCGGCACGAAUGCCCAGUUCUUGCGCUGGUCCGCCGGCCAGCCGGACAAUAUUGGCGGCGUGGAGCACUGCAUCCAGCUCUGGAUGUCGGGCAGCACAUUUCAAAUGAACGAUGCCCAAUGCGAGAUGCCCUUUCAUUUUGUGUGUGAGUCGUAUUAGCUUGGUCUGUUGGGAAUACUUACAGCCCGGCUGGAUGCCCUUGCUGCGCACCGUGCGAUAGGGUUGUCGCGCUCCGGGAUCGAUUUUUCCGUACAUUGUUCUAUCCAUAUUUGUGCAACACUUUGAUAUUUAGCUGCAUUAAAAAGUCAAUCAAAAAUCGUAUGGCAAUAAAUCCGCAAAA